ACCGAAAGGACGGUGCUCUCGACGCCAAACAGGCUCUCAACCUUAUAAAUUGUUGUUCCAGUAGUGGAGCCAAAGAACCAAACCAUAAGAUGGGAAUGGAGGAUAUUACAAAGCCUCUCAGGCCCUCGAUCAAACACGGGGAUCGUGAACUUCGCUAGAAGAUUCAAAGCUCUUUUGGGGAAUGUUCUGUGUCACAGAAAGUUGGGUGAAACACGACAAUGGCUCUCAAAAAGGCUAACGAUCACUGGGCUUUUCUGGAAGAAAUUGAAGCUCCUAUGUGGGUGGAUCUUACUCUAGAAGUAAAAAUUAACAACCAACACACCCAUGAUGAGUGGUUCCACACAAGUCAUCUCUUCCACCAGCGUUCUUCUCACCAGUUGAAGUCUGCUUUUUCUCAUUGCGGGGAGAGUACUUUGACCUUGGACUUUGAAUCACAGGUAUCAACUUCACCAAAACUUCCAUUGUCCGUCUCAAGAUCUAGAGGCAAAGACUACAGGAGCAAGAAAUGGAGAGCAGAAAACUAUGAGUCCUUGCAUAAGCAGCAUCCACUCAAGGUUUUAAGUGGGACAUCUUCUUGUCUGGAUUUACGAUUUGGUGAGGAAUUAAAAUCCAAAUCAAUAAAUCUCAAAGGAACUUCCAGGUCAAAAUCAACUUUGGUUUGUAAAAGCAGUCUAACCGGAAAUGCUAUCCCUAGUUCCUCUAAACAUGCUGUAUCUACUUUUGAGGACCAAGCUAAUGGGUCAAGUUCUAUGGGAAACAGGACUUGUGAAAGCAAUACAAGAAGCACCGUUACAUCUCAGAGCAGUCAGCAACGAGAGCUGAAGUGCAUAGAGGUAUCAACUCAACCAUUUGGUCCAAGUGGGCUUUUAUCAAAUCAGAGGAUAAGUAGUAGGAAAGACUGUGUUACAAGACAAGCAUCAAGGGUGGAGAUCAAUAAUGAUAAAAGGCUUUCAAGAGGCUACAAAUCAUCAUCUGGCAAGUCCAGUGUAGGGUCAUCAUCAAACAUUCUUUAUGAUGUUAAGAGCUUAACAUCUACAUCAAUAGGUCAUAAAGAAAUAACCCCGAGUAGCAGAAAUGUAGCGAGGACAAGUUAUGUGGCGAAGAACAAAGUAAAAACUUCUAAUGUCUCCAAGGCAUCGACUAUUGCAAUUGAAGAAGGGAGCUCCAAUUCUAGAAGAGGAAUUAAAAUCAGCAUUUUAAAUAAAGAAAUAACCCCGAGUAGCAGAAAUGUAGCGAGGACAAGUUAUGUGGCGAAGAACAAAGUAAAAACUUCUAAUGUCUCCAAGGCAUCAACUAUUGCAAUUGAAGAAGGGAGCUCCAAUUCUAGAAGAGGAAUUAAAAUCAGCAUUUUAAAGCCAGCUCACGAGGAAGCUACAAAACCAAAGGUUCAACAUCAGACUUUGCAGCCACUUAGAGUUAAUGCGCGAGAGUUGUCUAUGGCUGCAAUAAAAUCUAAGGAGAAAUUAAGAGCAGUCAGGCCUAACAGAUCAGCAGGUGUUGGAAAAGAGAAUGCUACAGGGAGAAUGAUUAUCAAUCAGAAAUGCAGUGGAAAAGGCACUUCUGCUUUAGCCAUGGUUAGGGGUCAGAAAGGAACAAAACAGCUUGGACAAAAGGGUGGAGCAGGAUUAGUUGGUUCGAAGGUAAAAGUCACUGAUCGGUUUGAAAAGAAUAAGGCCGCGAAUGUGAACCAGAGGGUCUGCCUUCGAUGAGGGGGAACUGCAUCACUCGGGGGGCUGUGUUGUGUAUAUAGUACAAACCUAACAUCUUUUUUACACAGGGAGAUGGAGCGAAACAACAAAGUUAUCUUUCCUUUGUAUUGGAUUUGAGUGUAAAUUUUGGUUCUUUAGGCUAAACUUCACUAGCGUCUUUGGCCCAGAUGAGACUGUCCCCUGGCUUUCUGUGAAUGCUUCUCUUUUAUUCGCCAUACUUGGCCUUUGUGUGCAGCUUUUAGGUCUUCUAAUUCUAUUCAUUUCUGCUUUUGAUUGUCAUCUUCA